AUGCCCGAUACCACGUUCCCCCCGAGGCCUGAGAGUCUCCAGUUUGGGGCAUAUCUCCCUUCUUCAAAAAUAAAUCCCCCAAAAAUGGAGAUUAUUUUUAAAAGAAAACCCAACUGGGAUGCCCCAUAUCGAGGCUCCCGGUCCUACGUCCGCGGUGAUGUGGCCCCCGGACCUGCCCUUCGUCACCCCCCGGCCCCGCCUUUUUCAGACUUGGGGCACCGUGCUCCUCUAACUUUCCCUUACUCCCCGGGAGCUUUCCGAUGUUCCCCUUGGCAGACAGUUCUCCUGCAUGCCCGGAGGGAGGUCCUCCCGCAGUCCCGGCAGGCAGCUUUCGGGAUGUCCUCAGCAGGCAGCUCCUCCGGGACGCCCUCGGCAGGGGAGCUCCCCGGGAUGUCCCCGGGGAGCAGCUCCCCUGGCACGUCCUCGGCAGGCAGCUUUUCGGCAUGUCCGGGAGGCAGCUCCUCCCGGGAUGUCCUCGGCAGGGAGUCCUUGGCAGGCUCGGGAGGCAAAUCCUUGGCAUCCCCUCAGCAGGGCAGCUCCUUGGAUGUCCUUGGCAGGAGGCUCCUCCAGCAUGUCUCGCAGCAGCUCCCCCGACAUGUCCCCAACAGGGAGUCCCGGGAUGUCCUGGCAGGCGCUCCCCCGACAUGUCCUCGGCAGACAGUCCUCCGGCCUGUCCCCAGCAGGCAGCCCUCUGGCAUGUCCUCGGGAGGCCCCCGCUCCCCAGAGUCCCCGGCAGGCAGCUCCUCCAGCAUGUCCUCAGCAGGCAGCUCCCCCGGCAGGUCUUGGGGCAGGCAGCCCCUCCAGGGUAUCCUUGGCAGCAGCCCUCGGUGGUCCUGGGGGGUGGCUCCUCUGGGCGCCCUGGGCAGACGGCUCUUCUGA